GCCCGCAGUGAGGAAGGCAAGGGCCGCCCGCUGCCCCGGCCUGCUGUCCAGUGGGACAUGCGCUCCAACGACAGUCAAGUGCACGCCCCAAAGGAGCAGCUCAGCCAGGACAGGCACCAGCAGCGCCGAGCUGCAGAGGCAGACCACAGGGAAGCCGCACCGCACCAGGAGGCCGACCCCGCGAGCGCCCCGCUGCGGGCCCCCCUCCAGGAUCCAGAGACGCCAUUAUCGUUCCUCCACAUUGAGCAUCGUUGCCAUUGACGUUAUCCGAGCCCAUCGCACUUUGGAGUUAUCUGUCGUAAGUCUGGUGGUUGCCUUUUCGAUCAUUUAUUAAGGAUCCAUGCGUCUCGCUGUGUUCGGUAUUCGCUUAUUGCAAAUUCACUGCUCUUAAAUACACUGAUUCUUCGACCCUCCGUAAGAGCGCAUGGAGUCGAAAUUGUAAGUUUGAAUCGAGUUUCUGCCUUCACUUGCUCUCUUCACGGGGCCUUACGUAUUUCAAAGUGUCCUUAUCAGUGACUAUACAUGUGUUGUCACAUCAGUAAUUCUCGAUACAUGAAGAGGUUAGGUUGCUUGCCCGUGGGUGCCAUGCACGUGUCUACUUGUUAUUGGUUCUUGUCUUCAUUUCUGUAGAUGGACGAGGACGAAACGCAGAGGAUCCGCGAGGCUCUCCUCCGACUCCUAGCACCUGUAAAAGAGGCAGCUGCCAGUAAUGACCCGCUGAUGGUGGUGCCUGCAACCAGUGGGGCAACUCAACUUGGAUCCUUUGGGCCUGAGCACUUCCAGUUUUUCAUGAGUAUGUAUGAAGCGUACACCAACGGAAGGUUAAUCAUUAAACCUGAGGAAGCCAAUGCCAGCGUCAAUCAGCAAAACAAGAGCGAUACAGGCCCAUUGCCCAAUGCAAGCAAGUCUCCAAGAGCUUACCCGACACCAUCCACUAUUCAAGAAGUUAAAACUCCCACCAGCUCUCCACGACGUGAGAAGUCUCCUGAAAUUGACUGUUCCCUCCUGGACAAGCCAGGUUCAUCCAAGUCUGCCUCCUGGAAGAAGAAGCCUGAAGCAACUUGCACACAAAGGGAGCGAUCUCCAGACCUCAGCCUGUCUCCCACUAGAAAUACUCAUCGCUCUUGUUCUCAAAAUCUGAAACGUCCUUACAGUUCUCAAGGGCGGGAGAAGUCUCCUGAAAUCGACUGGUCCUACCUGGACAAGCCAGGUUCAUCCACGUCUGUCUCCUGGAGGAAGAAGCCUGAAGCAACUUGCACCCAAAGGGAGCGAUCUCUAGGCCUCAGCCAGUCUCCUACUAGAUAUACUCAUCGCUCUGGAUCUCAAAACUUGAAACAUCCGUACAGUUCUCCAAGACGUUACAAGUCUCCUGAAAUCGACUGGUCCUGCCUGGACAAGCCAGGUUCAUCUAAGUCUGCCUCCUGGAGGAAGAAGCCUGAAGCAACCUGCAACCAAAGGGAGCGAUCUCCAGAUUUUAGCCAGUCCCCCACUAGGAUCAGUCAUCGCUUCAGGACUGCAGCUCUAAAUCACCCUUCUGGUUCCUUUAGCCGCAGUAGCUUUCCAGAUAACAAUGGGUCUCAUAUUGACCAGCCAGGUACAUCACAGUCAGUUUCAGCAAGAGAAGAGCCUGACUUAACCCGGACCCGCAGAGACCAUUCGCUAGACCAAAGCAGUUCUCUUGCUAGAACUUCUCGUCGCUCUGAAAAUAUUCAACGGCCUUUCCUUUGUCAAAGACGCCAGCCUUUAUCUUCUCAGGAACCUGGUAAAAAACAGCAGCAAUCUAAGAAAAAAAAAGGUAUGAAAGCCGCAGCUAUGUGCUUAAUUUGUUUGGAAAAGGGUCGGAAAGAUCUCUUUUGCACUAAUUGUGGGCAUACUUUCCACAAAUCUUGUCUUGCUGAGUGGGAUAAGGUUCAGAAAAAAAGGAAACAACCAGAAAAAAUUUGCCCGACGUGUAAAAAAAAAUAUGGCCGUUUCUUUAAAAUCAGGAUGUAGGUAUUAAAAUCAAAUUUUCCUGCAUACAACAAUUGGUGCUUUUUAAGUUCUGUUUGACUUUUUUCUUUGUUUAUGAAUAAUAUUUCUUAAAAUUGUUAUAUUCCUAUGUAAGCUAAGGACACCCGAUGGACACUCAAUGAAAUUCAUGCCUUAAUCUUUUGUUGGAUCAGAGAAGAUUUGUGAACCUUGCUUAUCUAGUGUGAUUACUCUGACUUAAGAAAAGAAGACUAAGGUUCCAAUUAAAGACAAGGUAUGGCGUUCAUUGAGGUAGGCAUCGGACCUAUAGUCUGAUAAGUCCAGUAAUUACAGAGUCAAUUUUUUACAAUUGUGUUAUUUUAUCUUGUACUGACACUUUUUGUAAUGUUUUAAGACAGGCUCUGAAAACUUAACAGUGUACAUUGUAUGCCGAUAUAUCAGCAAUCAUAUCAGCACACAAUGUACACAGUUGAGUUUUCAGAGCGUUUUGAAGUUUUGUUUCCUUUUUCUUUUAUAGAAAAAUCAAUGCAUGACAAUUUUUUUCAUUUCUGUGACAUGUAUCACUUUUCUUAA